UUACGAGUUUAGCACGGAGAGCGCUAAGCUGAAUUCGUAAUUCUAUCUAAAGCGCACCAACCCCACCAGACCUUGUGUUGAUACUACUACAUAGAGUGUUGCUGGGGUAUGGACGACCGUGGGGGACUGGGAAACAUAAACGAGUCGCCUCCUCUGGACGCACCCACUCCGAGGGAUGUGCACAUGAAGUUCCCGGCAGCAGAGGGCUCGAGCCUCAACACGCGGCCCGCGACAGGCGGGCUGGGGACGCUCCGGUCGGGAUGGAAGCGGCUCAUGCAAGGCACCAUCUUCUCCUCCGUCUUCACGCUCCUGUCGACGUGCAUCGGAGCCGGGACCCUCUCUCUUCCUUACGCUUUUCAACAGGGUGGACUGAUCCCAGCGUCUAUCAUCUUCUUCCUGAUAAUGGUGGUGUCCAUCACAGUGGGUUUCCAGCUGUUUGCUGCCAAGAGGUAUUGCGAGCAGCUGAACCCAGGGACCCAGGUCUGGGGAUACGAAGAUAUCGCACUCGUUGCCUUUGGACCCAUUGGAAAGAUAAUUGUCCUGUUGACGCUGAUUGUUCUUUUGGUGCUGACGCUCAUAGCCUACAUGAUCUUUACCAGAGAUCAGUUGGAUCUCAUAGUCCAGUUUGCACUAACGAAAACAGGCCACAUCCCGACGUGUUCUCCACUGAUGAACUGUGCCGUGCUUGUCUCCAUGGCCUUCAUCCCCAUCUUCCCAGUCACCCUCCUGAGAGUCCUCACUCCCAUGCAAAUCACCAGCACUUUUGGCAUGAUGUGCAUCACCUACGUCGGUAUCACGAUGUUCAUCAAGAUGGUGAUUUACCAGAGCAACAGACCUGUCAACCGUGCCAGUAUAGCCCCCGAGGACCCUAGCGGUCUCCUGAUAACAGUGUCAUACUGCAGUCUGUCUUUCGUCUGCCACUUCAACCUCCUGCCACUUCAAAAGGAGCUCCAUCGUCCAACGAAGAAGAGGAUGAGCAUCAUUGUCGUGUUCUCCAUGCUCCUUGCCUACACGCUGUACAACUUGGUCAUCUUCAGCGGAGUUUUCAGGUUUUUUGGUGAUCUGCAAGAAGACGUGAUGUUGAACUAUCCACGGACAGAUGUUCUCAUGACAACCGCCAGAGUUGCCCUGUUUUUCACUCUCCUCUGCUCCUACCCUGUCCUCCUCCACCCGACGAGAGGGCGCCAUAAACAGACUCGUCAUCUAUAGCUACCAGCUCCUGACCGGAAGCUGUAGGAGAAAGGGACCGAAGGGAGGGAAGGUUGCACACAUAAACGAACUCGAGAAGCAGGCUGAGGCGGAAGAAGAAGCGAGGGUAAAGGGAGAGGAGAAGGUGCCACUGUUGCAGCAACAGAAGACAAAGUCUUCGUCGGACGUAAAGGUUGUGUGUGUCUCUCCCUCUUUAGCAACUCUCUCUCUCUCUCUCCUCUCUCUCUCCAGAUUCCUCUGCAAAUUUGGAUCAGUGAGACGUGGAUACUUUUUGCUUUCACCUUCAUCUGUGCCAGCUACAUCCCUAAUGUUAGCACGCACACAAACGCACACAUAUUACAACGUUUCUCUUUCCUCUAGGUUGGACUGGUGUGGAAUUUUGUCGGUUCCAUCGGAGGGACUCUGAUUCUCUACAUCUUCCCUCCGGCCUUCUUCCUAAGGCUCCGCUAUAUGAGAUACACCCAUCGCAAGAGGACGGAGGGUCUCAGCGUACGCAGCCAGUACAACUGGUCUGGUGUCGUUAGAGAGAGUGUGGCAACUGUCAUCAUGGUCACCGGUCUCCUACUACUUGUUGCAGAGAACUACUCAGCAGUCGAGGGCAUUCUGACUCGGUCCCACGUCCCAACUGGCCUCUGCUACCAGUCAAAAUGUGCAUCUUUCUCCAAUUCUUCCUACUACUCUGGGUGACUACUGUGCUUCACCUACACUGGAAUCGAGGGACAACUAGACUACUCUGUCCUACGUUUCAUUGUUGGCCUUUUCCUGUUAUCACAUACAGCACCACCUGAUCUGUGGGCACAUCAAAGGAUUUGGAAUACACCUCAGCUUCAACACUAAACACAUACAUCAUACAUUCAUACAUUCAUAAUCAGAUUGGUAGGAAGAGAGUCACAGAGUGGUGAUUAAAACUAGGGGCGAGGCUGGGGAAGUGGUAUGU